AGAGACGUCACACAUCAAUAGUAAAGUAAACUGUGAUCAUAUCAAGAUUAAAUUAUUUCGUUGCUUUAGCUGAGUGACACUUGAUGGGUGCCUAAUCUUCAGGAGGGUUUCAAUUUCUCCUAUUUAGGUCCAAUGAUUAUGGAGCUCUAAAUAAAGGUUUCUAAGGCCCAAAAGUUUGUUGUCAUAAAGAAAGUGUAUAUUAAUUCAGUCAGUUGAAGUCUAAGUUCCAUGGAUGCAAGUUUCUGUCAAAUGUUUCUUUAUGUAUAGUACAGAUACAUUAAGCUGUUAUUAUUUCCAUCCAGCGUUUCCAAAGUCAUGCAGCCACUUAAAGAUACUGAAUCCUACGGUAGAAAGUGGAACUUACGUUAUUGAUCCUGAUGAUGAAGGAGACGGGCCACCUUAUAACGUCACCUGUGACAUGACGGACAAGAAUGGAGUUGGCGUGACCGUCAUAAGUCACGACAGCGAAAACAGAACGCUGGUGGACGGAUUUGAAGAUCCAGGAUCAUAUUCACGUGACAUUCAAUACACAAAAGCGAGUCUUUCUCAGCUGGCAAGUCUCACCACAGUCUCUUUGUUCUCUGAGCAGUUUAUAAAGUACGAGUGCCAUGCCUCAUUGAUGUUCGAGGAAAAUACUGCCUGGUGGGUGUCACGUGAUUCUAUUGUCAUGAACUAUUGGGGCGGAGCACCACCGGGCAGUUAUAAGUGCGCAUGCGGAAUUGACAACUCGUGUGCAAAGCCCAACGACCACUGUGAAUGUGAUGCCAAUGAUACGGAAUGGCGUGAAGACAGCGGUCUCCUCACUGACAAGACACAUCUUCCAGUUAAGCAGCUGAGGUUUGGAGAUACUGGAGGCGAGGACGAGAAAGGCUACCAUACAUUGGGGAAGUUCAAGUGCUAUGGAAUUGCCUGAUUCUGAAGAAAAUUUGAUUGUAUGACGUGCCCCAUCAGUGCCUUAAACUUUCAUUUUUGUUCUUGAAAGAAAACAUUACCAAAGAUUAUCCUAUCACAUGUUCUUAGACCUGCAAAGUAACAUGACAGAAAAAACGGCUUGCUUUAGUUAGUUCCAUGACAUUUCAUUUGUAAGAGUUUGUAGCUGUGAUCAUGAGAGGGUAUCACUCGGAAAUAUAUUUAAAAGUGUAAUCAGUUUUUCCACAAGAAAGGAUAACGGGUUCUUACGCUGUAUUUUGUCUUUACUUCAGGUCAUACUGUAUUAACUCUGGCAAACCUGAGCAACACAUUUUAAAAAUCCUUUUCAAAGGGCUAGUAGCUUUCUCAAUUUUACUGAAGAACCCGGCUUUCAGUUUAUCACGGGCAGUUUUAAUGAACAGUAAAUAUUAUUUACGUUUAAAUGUGGUGAACUCUACAACAUGAGAAAACAAAAAAAUGAAACUACGGCACCCUCUCUAUGUUUCUUUUGUUUGUUUUCCGUCUUUGAUUGUUUGUGGUAAUCUUCCUCUUUUUGGUUUACAUGCUUGUUUCUAUGUGUUUGUCUAACACCAUUGACUACAGAGGAAAACCUCACGCACUUCACUCCCAGAGAAUUUGAACGAUGCAUUUAAGCAGUAGAACACACUUUCUAUGAGUUAACCGGCGCAAUAAAUCCACGCAGCUUGUAAAUAACGGAUCGUUCUAUUAAUAGAUGACUGAUUUGCAAGCUUUUCGAGCGGGUCAAGUGGCUUGUUCUAGAACAUUCAUGAGAUGAUAAGGUAAACCAAUCACAGCGACUGGAAGAAUGAAUACAUUGGUUACUCGGUAAGCUCAGCACUCGAAAGGAUUCACUCAUCAGAGCGAUUAAAACUUUUAUCUUUCAAAGCAAAAAGGCCAGAGAAGAAAAUGUACAAAUGAUUCAAAAGGUAUGGACAGGGAAUUCCAGGAACUCGUCGGCAGAAUCAGUCAUCACUAAGUACAACGAUCGCAGGUUUAUAAACUUCACAACUUAGCGACGUGAUUCAAACGUUUUGCGACUGGGAUGAAAGUUAGUUCCAGAAAUUCUGCUUGUUAAUUUUUUUCCGAAAUUAUUUACGUAAGUUUAAAGCUGAGAUGCCCAUAAUGUAUAGAAAUCUUAGUGGCAGCCGAAUCCAUUCAUUGUCAUACA